CGCAUAUAGGCGUCGAGUCAUUCAUUGACCAAUCCAAUCUGCUUCCACUGCGCCAUGGCUAGCCUCCGGCGUCUCGCCGUCCUGCUCCUCAUCGUCGCCACCGCAGUGGCGGCGGCCUCCGCGACGGAGCAGUCGACGUACAUCAUCCACCUUGCGCCCGAGCACCCUGCGCUCAAGGCCACUCGCGGCGGCGGCGGGGUCCUCGGCCGCCUGAUUCCGCGCCAUCUACGCGCGCCGCGGCCGAGCCUGCUCUACUCCUACGCGCACGCGGCGACGGGGCUCGCGGCGCGUCUCACUCCCGACCAGGCGGCGCACGUCGAGGCGCAGCCCGGCGUGCUCGCCGUCCACCCCGACCAGGCGCGGCACCUGCACACCACCCACACCCCGGCGUUCCUCCACCUCAACCAGGCUUCUGGGCUCCUGCCCGCCGCCGCCUCCGGCGGCUCGUCGUCACCUGUCGUCGGGGUGCUCGACACUGGGAUCUACCCCAUCGGCCGUGGCUCCUUCUUGCCCACCGCCGGGCUCGGCCCGCCCCCCGCGUCCUUCUCCGGUGGAUGCGUCUCCACCGCCUCCUUCAACGCCUCCGCCUACUGCAACAACAAGCUCGUCGGCGCCAAGUUCUUCUACAAGGGAUACGAGGCUGCUCUUGGCCACCCCAUCGAUGAGACGGAGGAGUCCAAGUCGCCACUGGACACCGAGGGCCACGGGACUCACACCGCCUCCACCGCCGCGGGGUCGCCGGUCACCGGCGCUGGAUUCUUUGACUACGCGCGUGGCCAGGCGGUGGGCAUGUCCCCCGCCGCGCACAUCGCGGCGUACAAGAUCUGCUGGAAGUCCGGCUGCUAUGACUCCGACAUCCUCGCCGCCAUGGACGAGGCAGUCGCGGACGGCGUCGACGUCAUCUCCCUCUCUGUUGGCGCCAGCGGAUACGCCCCAAGCUUCUUCCGCGACUCCAUAGCCAUCGGCUCCUUCCAUGCCGUUAGCAAGGGGGUCGUGGUGUCUGCAUCGGCCGGCAACUCCGGCCCCGGCGAGUACACCUCAACUAACAUCGCGCCAUGGAUACUGACCGUCGGCGCGUCUACCAUCGACCGCGAAUUCCCGGCCGAUGUGGUUCUAGGCAACGGCCAGGUCUACGGUGGCGUGUCCCUGUACUCCGGGGAACCACUGAACUCCACACAGCUGCCGGUGGUGUACGCCGGGGACUGUGGCUCCCGGCUCUGCAUAAUCGGCGAGCUCGAUCCGGCGAAGGUGUCCGGCAAGAUCGUUCUUUGUGAGCGUGGGAGCAACGCCCGUGUCGCGAAAGGUGGGGCGGUGAAGGUGGCCGGCGGUGCCGGCAUGAUUCUCGUCAACACGGCGGAGAGCGGCGAGGAGCUUGUGGCUGAUUCCCACCUCGUCCCGGCGACAAUGGUGGGGGAGAAAUUCGGCGACAAGAUCAAGUACUACGUCCAGAGCGAUCCGUCGCCGACGGCGACAAUCGUGUUCCGCGGCACGGUCAUCGGGGAGUCGCCGUCCGCGCCGCGCGUCGCGGCGUUCUCGAGCCGGGGUCCCAACUACCGCGCGCCGGAAAUCCUCAAGCCAGACGUCAUCGCUCCCGGCGUCAACAUCCUCGCGGCCUGGACCGGUGAGGCUGCUCCCACCGACCUCGACAUCGACCCGAGGCGCGUGGAGUUCAACAUUAUCUCCGGGACGUCCAUGUCGUGCCCGCAUGUGAGCGGCCUCGCUGCGCUGCUCCGCCAGGCGCAGCCGGACUGGAGCCCCGCGGCGAUCAAGUCGGCGUUGAUGACCACCGCGUACAACGUGGACAACUCCGGCGCGACCAUCACGGACCUGGCUACCGGGCUCGAGUCGACGCCGUUCGUCCGUGGCGCCGGCCACGUCGACCCCAACCGCGCGCUCGACCCUGGCCUCGUGUACGACGCCGGCACCGACGACUACAUCUCCUUCCUCUGCACGCUCGGCUACUCCCCCUCCAUGAUCUCCCUCUUCACAACAGACGGCUCCGUCGCCAACUGUUCGACGAAAUUCCCCCGGACCGGCGACCUCAACUACCCCGCCUUCGCCGUCGUCCUCUCCUCCUACAAAGAUUCAGUCACCUACCACAGGGUGGUGCGCAACGUCGGCAGCAACACGAACGCAGUCUACGAAGCCAAGAUCGACAGCCCGUCCGGCGUGGAUGUUACGGUGAGCCCAAGCAAGCUGGUGUUCGACGAGAAGCAGCAGAGCCUGUCCUACGACAUCACCGUCGCCGUGUCGGGCAACCCGGUGAUCGUCGAUUCGAAGUACACCUUCGGGUCGGUCACCUGGAGCGACGGCGUGCACGACGUCACUAGCCCCAUCGCCGUGACAUGGCCGUCGAACGGCGGAGCAGCAUCCAUGUAGAGUAGUGAUGGAAAUUGAUCUGUCUGUGGUAUGGGUGGCAAUGGGGGCAGCUUGUAUAGGUCCUUUUUGGACAGAGAUCUCCACGCGUGAGACUGCAUCCUUCCCUGGUCCAGCUACCACUGGAGCUUAGUGAUCCCAUGGUUUCAUUUAUCUGAUCAUGGUUGGAUUGGUCGCCUGAUUACUUCUAUGCACCUGUGUAACUUACUCCAUCGAAUGAUGAAUAAUUUCUUAUAUCCUAAACUAGCUCCAUAUCCAGGCUAAAUAAAA